AUGAAGAACCCUCAAAGCGGCGAGAAAUUAACCGCAACUCGCACGCAGCAGUCACAAUGGAACGCCGAGUUAGAGUGCUGCACAUGUAAUAUCGCGGAAGGCAAGUAG